UUCUCAAGAUGACCAGCACAGAGUCUCCCUCCAUGUCGUUCCAGUCCCUGACCACUAUCCCAGCAAACAUAAAUGCCGACAUAACCACCAUCCCAGCCAACAGCAGUAACACUGAGCUCUGUACAGUGGAAUCCCAACAUGGUUCCAUCCCUGUGAUCCUAAUCCUGGUCUUUGUGGUUGGCUUCCUCCUCAACAGCUUCACUCUGUGGGUCUUCUGCCUUCGUAUACCACAUUGGAGCUCUGGUACCACCAUGCAGUUCAACUUGGCCCUGAGUGAUGCCCUUGGCACCCCUGCAACUCCCCCGAUGGCUGUAUACUUAACCAACGGCAGCAACUGGACAUUUGGACCAUUACUGUGUGUAUUCAAGAUUGUCCUUCUAAGUGCACUCUUCUUCGGCAGCAUCCUGUUCCUCAUGCUCAUCAGCAUUCAUCGUUAUGUGGUGAUUGUCAAAUUCAACAAAAGCUCCCGUAUGAAACAAAAUGGGUUUGUAAGGAAGUUAUGUGGUGGAGUUUGGUUGCUGCUUCUAGUAGAAGCUCUUGUCCUAACUUUCUUUCUUCCACCCAGUAAGGAGGGAGAUAAAACCCAAUGUCUGACCAUCCAUCAGCAUGAUCUGACAGAUGUGUACUUUAUCAUAAACUUCUUCUUAUUCAUCUUAGGAUUCCUUCUGCCUUUCUCAGUGGCUGCAGAAAGCUAUCGUCGCCUGGCAAACUCAGUGUCUCAACUCAAUAUCAACUCAGCAAGGGGCCUUGCCGAUAAGAUCAAAUCACAGAGGAUGAUGGGUAUCUGCUUAGUGAUAUUUGGGCUCUGCUUUCUACCACUCAAUUUAGUGCGGACAAUAGGGGUAGUGGUAAACAAAUACAGCGAGGAUUUACUGAAAGCUUCAGACGCAAUCGGUGGAUCCUUCAGUGUGGGUCAGAUGAACACUCAAAGAAGUACAACAGAGCUUUGAGUGAGUCGGAGACAGAGAGGUUAUCAAUUACAUUGCAAUAUUAUUGAAUAUAUCACGUUCUAUGUACAGUGUGCUGCUUUCUCUGUUUCAUUUUCAUGUCUCAUUGAUAAUUAUCUGGAUUGGGGUCAUAUUGGGUCAACUUUUUAAUGGUUAAACUAAAUUAUUUUUUAUUUUCCUUGUGUAUGAAUUGUUAUCAUAUUUUGUAAUGUAAUUAUUGUUUCUUUGACCUUUUGCUUUUAUUUGAGAAAAUAAUGUGUGAGGUCAAUACCUGUUCAAAAUCCGGAUUAAAAGAAAAUGUACCUCUA